AUGGGUGGCUUCAUUGAGCGGCAGUCGGAACGGUACAAUGCUGCUCCAGGAGAUUCGGGCUUUGAUCACAAAGCCCUGAGCCAGAGAAGAGCGGCUACUCUAGCCGAGCUGACCAGCAACUUUGCUUUCUUUGAUUCCUAUAUGAGUCUAUCUUCUCAUGCUCUAGCUGGAUAUAUCGGACUGACCCGACAUAGUUCUGCGAGCACCCGGGCCCUACCAACGCUAAACGCCAAUUCGCAACCUUGGGCUCGUCCUGUGGCCUUGUUGGCAACACGAACCAGUCCGCUGGUUUCUGGAACAAUGUCACUGGAACAAUAUGCGCGGUGUCAAUCCUCGAAGCGCUCAGCAAAAAAUGCAUCAGCUGGAAGAUCUAUAGCAGAGACUAAUAUCUUCGAUGCAUUUGUGUACAAGUGGGUACAAGACUACGCAAUGAAUUGGCUCGUUCACGCGACUGAGCUCUACCACGAUUUGAAAGUGGGCACGCUGCCGUCUUUCUCCUACCUGAACCCAGAAUGCUGCACAGUUGUAUCAAUGCAUCCUACUAGCAACAUGGUCACCGGAGAGCAGAUGGUCAAGCACUAG